UUCUUCUCCUACCCCCCACCCCCCUUCCCCCAACCCACGCCACCACCACCAACCUCCUCCGCCGCGCCGCUCUCCCGCCAUGAAGCAGCUCCACAAGUCGUCCCCCACCCACGCGCCGGCGGCGGCGCACGCCCCGGCGUCCAAGGCGUCCAAGGCGUCCCGCCCCGGGCCCCGAUCCUGGGUCGGCUACCUCCUCCGCGAGCAGCGCCUCCUCUUCGUCCUCCUCGGCGCCCUGAUCGCCUCCUCCUUCUUCCUCCUCCGCCCCUACCUCUUCUCCCUCUCCCCGUCCUCCCACGUCCCCGACCGCCGCCCGCUCUUCUCCUUCGCCUCGCACACCUCGUCGGCGUCGGGCGUGCCCCCCGGGUUCCGCCCGCCGCCGCGCCGCGUCGUCGUCACCGGAGGGGCCGGGUUCGUUGGCAGCCACCUCGUCGACAGGCUGCUGGAGCAAGGGGACAGCGUGAUCGUGGUGGACAACUUCUUCACCGGGAGGAAGGACAACGUCGCGCACCACCUCCGGAACCCCAGGUUCGAGCUGCUCCGCCACGAUGUCGUCGAGCCCAUCCUGCUCGAGGUGGACCGGAUCUAUCACCUCGCGUGCCCCGCGUCCCCUGUGCACUACAAGUACAACCCCAUCAAGACGAUCAAGACCAAUGUCAUGGGAACCUUGAAUAUGUUGGGUCUGGCAAAGCGAAUUGGUGCAAGGUUCUUGCUAACUAGCACAAGUGAAGUUUAUGGAGAUCCACUUGAACAUCCACAGAAGGAGACUUACUGGGGGCAUGUUAAUCCUAUUGGUGUUAGGAGCUGUUAUGACGAGGGGAAAAGAACAGCAGAGACUUUAACCAUGGACUAUCACAGAGGUGGUGGUGUUGAGGUGCGCAUUGCUCGCAUUUUCAAUACAUAUGGCCCUCGAAUGUGUCUAGAUGAUGGCCGUGUGGUUAGCAAUUUUGUUGCCCAGGCAUUGCGUAGACAGCCUAUGACAGUUUAUGGUGAUGGAAAACAAACUAGAAGUUUUCAGUAUGUUUCUGAUCUGGUUGCUGGACUGAUGGCUCUGAUGGAGGGUGAUCACAUUGGCCCUUUCAACCUGGGAAACCCAGGAGAAUUCACCAUGUUGGAACUUGCACAGGUUGUGAAGGAAACAAUUGACCCAAUGGCAACAAUUGAAUUCAAACCCAACACAGCUGAUGAUCCUCACAUGAGAAAGCCAGAUAUUACCAAGGCCAAGCACCUGCUACGUUGGGAGCCAAAGGUCUCUCUCAGGGAAGGUCUUCCCUUAAUGGUGAAGGACUUCCGUCAAAGAAUUUUGGAUGAGUAAUCAAAACAAUGUGUGUUUACUCAUCUGGAUUCUAUAUGAUGCUGCAAAUAUAGUCAGUAGCACUUCACCUGCUGGAUCACGCAGUACAACGUUAUUUACUGCAUACACGAUAAAUGUUGUAGAAUUACUUGAUUUUUUUGUAUCUUGGUGAGACAGAACAGAAUUAGUUAAUUAUUUGUCCACAUUGUGAAUCUUAGUAAGUCUUGUGAGAAGUAUAGGUUUGUAUAUCAGGAGCUGUUAUUGGUUUCAAAUUUUCAUCUAGCUCCUAAUUGUAAUACGAAUAUUUGAUUCAAGUGAAAUAUAUUCAGACGAGUUCGCUUUUUUGCUCUUCA